AUGAUAGUGCCAAGCGUUGGAUCUUCACUUUUACAUGACAACUUGCAGAUCUAUUUGUUUUUAGGAUCAUGGAAUGUUAACCGCCACCUCCUUAUAAAGAUUGUGGAUGCGGCAGCGGACAAGCCUGCACUUGCCAAAAGGAAUGCUCCUGCGAAUCCUGUAAGGGCAGUUGUGGCUGCAAGAGUGGGGACAGCAAAUGCGCUUGCGACUCUUGUAAAUGCGGAAAGUGAUGAUAAAUGA